AUAGAUGCUUUCGUUUGUGGUUAUGUUUAUGUGACUUGAAAUUUACAAGUCAUUACCUUAAACUUUAAUUUUUCAUUUGGGAGUUCGUCUAUUAUACAAAGUUGAGUUUUUUUGUAAAAUCUAACUGAAAGACAUCAAAACAAUUUGCUUGCCAUGGAGAACAUGGAAAUAGUUCCUACCGAAAAGAAAAUGGGUUUUAAGGACGAGGGAAGCCCAAUUGAAACCAAACAGGUAUUGCAAGAUAUGGAUGUAGAGGAUCUUUAUACCAAGUAUAAAAAACUACAGCAAAUGUUGGAGUUCUUAGAAGUCCAAGAGGAAUAUAUAAAAGAUGAACAAAGAAAUUUGAAGAAAGAAUAUCUCCAUGCACAAGAAGAGGUGAAACGCAUUCAAUCUGUUCCGUUAGUUAUCGGCCAGUUUUUAGAAGCCGUGGAUCAAAAUACUGGUAUUGUCGGCUCGACAACUGGUUCUAACUAUUAUGUAAGGAUCUUAUCUACAAUUGAUCGUGAAUUGCUAAAACCUUCCGCUAGUGUAGCUUUACACAAACACAGUAAUGCAUUAGUUGAUGUUCUUCCUCCUGAGGCAGAUUCUUCUAUUAGUAUGUUGCAAGCAGAUGAAAAGCCUGAUGUUCAGUACAGUGAUAUUGGUGGUAUGGAUAUGCAAAAGCAAGAAAUUAGGGAAGCAGUUGAGUUACCAUUAACUCACUUUGAGCUCUAUAAACAGAUUGGUAUUGAUCCACCUAGAGGAGUUCUUAUGUAUGGUCCACCUGGGUGUGGAAAAACAAUGUUAGCCAAAGCAGUAGCUCAUCACACUACUGCUGCUUUCAUUCGAGUGGUUGGUUCCGAAUUUGUCCAAAAAUAUUUGGGUGAAGGACCAAGAAUGGUACGUGAUGUAUUUAGACUGGCUAAAGAGAAUGCUCCAGCUAUAAUUUUCAUUGAUGAAAUAGACGCAAUAGCUACAAAGAGAUUUGAUGCUCAAACUGGUGCUGAUAGAGAAGUACAGCGUAUUCUUUUGGAGUUGUUAAAUCAAAUGGAUGGAUUUGAUCAAACUACCAAUGUGAAGGUUAUCAUGGCCACCAACCGUGCUGAUACUUUAGAUCCUGCUCUCUUGAGACCUGGUCGUCUUGAUAGGAAAAUAGAAUUUCCUCUUCCUGAUCGCAGACAAAAACGAUUGAUAUUCACCACAAUCACAGCUAAAAUGAAUUUAUCCGAAGAGGUUGAUCUUGAGGAUUUCGUUGCCAGGCCUGAUAGAAUAUCUGGAGCUGACGUCAAUGCAAUUUGUCAAGAAGCAGGUAUGCACGCUGUACGGGAAAACCGAUACAUCGUCCUGCCAAAAGACUUUGAAAAGGGUUAUAAAAAUAACAUAAAGAAGGACGAGAGUGAACACGAAUUUUACAAAUAAGUUGAAUAAUACAUUAUUAUAUCUUUACAAAAUAACAAAAAAUUCAGUGUAUUUAUUUCUUUAAUUGAGAACACAAUUGAAAUUUCUAACAGACCAAUAAGUAUCUUUUGAGAAUCAUUUUGUAAUAUAUUCAUUCAGAAAUUAUAAACAGGAUUUAUUCCCAA